CUGGGGCUGGAGCUGCAGGCUGGGAAGGCAAGGAGCCACUCCUCGGGCCGUCCUGCAGCCUCCCCCCGAUGCACGCGGGCCGGAUGCUGGCUGGGCAAGCAGUGGUGCUGCUCUCCCUGGCCUGGAGCGCGCACCGCAGCCUGGCCGUCCCCCAGAUUGCAGGAUGCAGCCUCUCCUGUUCGCAGGGCUUCGCCUGCAAGAGCCGAGUGAACCGGAACAUUUUUAACAGCUUCUGCCGGCCACCCCCCUCGUCCGUGUCCCCAUCGAUCCUGGAGGCCCUGACACUCUCCACUGCCAUGAAGUGUGCCCCCCCCGACGGCUGCUCCCUGCUCCUGCGCGUGCAGGCCUCCCUCGUGCUGCAUGAGAGCCUGCGGGGCCUGGAGGCCUGCUCCAUGAAUCUGGACACCCAGGAGACUCAGUGUCAGAGCGUGCGGGUCUCCAGAGCCUCCCGCCGCCGGCAGGUGGGGUGGCAGCUGCAGGUGCAUUUUGAUUGCUUUGAAGUGAGCGUGGCUCAGACCCUCUACGUCACCCUGAGGACCGUCCCCCACUUCUGCGGGGUCCAACUGGACCAACAGUACCACGUGGAAGACUGCAGAGACAAGGACGUGCGGAGGAACGUGCCCGUUUGCUUUGCCGGGAAGUUCUCCUACUGGGCGGACCGCAGCCGGAAGGUCAUUCUGGUCCAGGUGCCCGAGGUCCCCGGGGCCCCCGACUACUACGUGCGGCUCUGCCUGAAGUGGUUCACCUGCAACGAUGUGGGUGUCCCCGUGCGGGUGACCGUGAACCGGAUGUCCCGCACCGUCUCUCUGCCCUACAGCCAGGAGCUGCCGUGCCUGUGCCUCGAGGGCUGGUUUGCGACCCCUGACGCCGUGCGGAUGCAGGCCUGUCCCUUCGAAGAUGAGACGGAGGCCCUGUGGGAUGCUAUCCGAUACCACCCGGGGGACCGGGCACUGAGCUGGGAGCCCGCAUGUCCCGUGAGGGGCCACGUGAGCCUGUGCUGGCGCCCGGGGCCAGGGGCCCUCUGCCACAACCUGGAGCACUCGGGCCGGCCGGCGCACGGCAGGGUACAGUAUCCGCUGGUGGACACACAGCCCCGGCUCUGCCUGAAGUUCUCCACCAGCCGCGGCUCCUGGGUGCGAUGCCCUUUCCAAGAGGGACACUUCCAAGCCUGGAAGAUGACCGUCCAGCCAGCCGCCUCUCGGGGCCACCUCCGGGUCACCUUCUUCUCGCCCAGUGCCGCCCAUUUCCAGGUGCACCUGUGUCACCAAAGGGAGACGUGGCCGCCUGCCUGCCGCCCAGGGCCCCGGGCCACGACCCUCGCCCCAGCCUCAAGUGACUUCGUGACUGACCUCGCAGUGGCCUUUGUGGACAUUCCCAGGGAAGAGGCUUGUGUCCCCAACACCUGCGUCCAGGGCUGGAGGACUGACGUGACUUUCUCCGCCCCCCACCAGCUAUGUGACCUGCAUUGCACCAGCACCCAGGGGACAGCGGACUGAGGCCAUGAGCCUCAUCAGGCACCAGCGAGUGCCCGGCUGACUACGGGGGCUCCGCGGAGGCCGGCCCGCACCCGAGCUCCCAGGCCUCUGGCAGAGAAAGCCAGACGUCAGGACUUGGAGGUGGCUCGCCGGAGCCCAGGCUGUGGCGCCAGCCACCGUCUCGGUCCCCAGAGGCCUGCAGCUCCCUGGGGGCCCUCAGGCCAGGCCCGGGGCUUUGGGUCGGAUGAAGGGCUUCCAGCCCCUUGCUGAAGCCCCUUGCUGAAGGCCUACAGAACGGCUGGGUGGGCCGCCCUCUACCCAGAUGGCCUCUGACUGCCCUGUCCCUGCUUGGUGCAGCCUCCCUCGGGAUCGCCUGUGGUCGUGGCCACCAUCCCUGGCCCGAGGACCAGGGCCCGGCAGCUGCCUGAUGGCUGCCGGAGCUUUCCCAGGGCUCUGGAGAACUGAGUGGGAGCCCACAUGCUCCACGGGCCCAGGACCAGCUUCAGCUCCUGCCCUGAGCCCUCGCACACUGACCCCAGCUGGGCCACCCACCCCCUGCCCCAGCCCUCCCAGAGGUCAGGCCGUCCUCCACUCUCUGGCCCCCCCGGCCCGGCCCAUCCAGGGAGGGCUCGCCACUUCCCGUGGCCUUAGGAGGUCCUUGCCAGGACGGGCAGUUCUCAGAAUUGCCCCACUCGCUGAUGGCCACUGCAGGGGGACCCUCAGCCCUGCAGUGGGGUCUCCACAGCCCAGGUCAGGGUCACCCGGAAGCUGGGCUGUCAGAUGUACCCCAUAGACUCUGGUGUCGCACCCAAGGACUGCCAGGGUGACCCCUGAGCUGCGUCAUCUGGAGGCCGGGCAUCCUCUGCACCUGACCUCUGCGCUCCCAGGGAUGGGCGCCCCCGGCCAGCCCCAUCUCCACAGCCAGCAUAUCCAGGGCCAGGCUCCGCUGUGCCCCCUGCCCUCUUCUGUCAAGGGGGCUGAUGCCCCCAGUGACCUCGGGGGUGGACCAAGCCAGUGUGCCCCCCACGCUCAGUAAACA